UAUCCGACGUUUGGAUGUGUUGUACCUCAAACUAUUCCUUUCAUGAUCGACUGGGGAGGCACAUCGGUCGAAACUUCAACAGCGGUAUCAAUUUAUAAUCAAAGGGACAUCCUAACUGAUUACUGAUAUUUUUGGACACCUUUUCCUGGAGCCUUCUCUAACGAAGAGACCUGAGAAAUUUCCUGUCAGGUGUACCAAAUUCCUUCGGUCAGAAUUCCCCGCUUCCGGUUUUCCCAUAGGGCAUGUCACAAGUUUGAAAGACGUACUUACGGGAACUUUCCUGUCUAUAAAGCCGCGUUCACUGUCUCCAAAGUUACACAAAAACUUUGUCGAGAUGAGUUUUUGGGAAGCAUUAUUGGUUCUGUGCCUUGCUAGGCCGAGCCUGUGCGCCAUCUACAACAGCUUCGCAGAACUACCGCUGAACUUAACGUUUGACUUUGUCGUCGUCGGCGGCGGAACUGCGGGGAACGCCGUUGCAAAUCGUCUCACGGAAAAUCCAACGUUUUCUGUUCUUGUCUUGGAGGCUGGACCAUCACCUGAAGGUUUGGUUAACCACACAGUGCCAUUCUUCAAUGUUUUCCUCAGAGGUGAAAACCCUUGGGACUGGAAUUAUACAGCCAUUCCUCAGGCGGGGUUGGAUGGGCGCGCACUCCAUUAUCCUAGAGGAAGGAUUCUUGGUGGCUGCUCCUCUAUGAACGGAAUGGCUUACCUUCGUGGUUCUUCUGAGGAUUAUGAUCGCUAUGCAAAUGUGACGCAAGACCCAGGCUGGUCAUGGAGCGGGAUCCAGCCAUACAUUCGUAAAAAUGAACAUUGGACACCUCCGACUGAUAAUCACAAUACAACCGGUCAAUUCGACCCUGCUGUACAUGGCUUUCAUGGCAUAAAUGCUGUUAGCUUAGCAGGCUUCCCUUCUGCAAUCCAAAACCGGGUUAUACAAACAACUAUGGAGCUGGCCAAAGAAUUUCCUUUCAACCUUGACCAUAAUUCUGGAUAUCAACUCGGCGUCGGCUGGGAGCAAUCAACCAUAAAGCACGGUACACGAAGCAGCUCUUACACGUCAUACUUAGGGCCAGAGUUUAUCGGACGUCCGAACUUGCAUGUCCUGCUGAAUGCACAGGCAACCCGGUUAAUACAGACCGCCUCAAAUCCACCAGAGUUUCUCACAGUCGAAUUUGCAGAAAGCCGAGAUGCGCCGCGUCUGCAGGUGACAGCGUCCAAGGAAGUUAUCGUCUCUACCGGUUCUUUGGAAACUCCAAAGCUGUUGCUCAAUUCCGGCAUCGGCAAUGCAAGCGACCUCACAACUUUGGGUUUGGAUACUCUGGUUGACCUCCCAGACGUCGGGAAGAAUCUUUCUGUCAUGAUAAUGCUCAAUAUUGCAUAUUUUGUGAACUCGACAGACACAUUUGACGAUGUCUUUCGCAAUGUGACCCUCAGGGAUGAGCUCCUUCUUCAGUGGAACGAGACAGGUGGUACUGGACUACUAGGUACAGGCUUCGGCAGCCAUAGUAUCUUCACAAGGCUUUCGAACAAUUCAACAAUAUUCGGACACUCCCCCGAUCCAGCUGCAGGACCUAAUACAGCUCAUAUCCAAUCCGGCACAAGCAACGGUAACAUCUCACCACCUCCGGAAGGACAUUUUAUGACCAUGAGCGUUACUCUGAAUACGCCCACUUCGAGAGGAAGUAUCGAACUCAAUACCACAGACGGGUUCGACCAGCCUCUGAUUGAUUUUGGCGCCCUUGCCACUGAUUUUGACAUAUUCGCCCUCAAAGAAGGUAUUAGAAGUGUCCAGCGAUUUCUAAGUGUGCGCGCGUGGGACGGAUAUGUUCUUGGUUCGCUGAACAACAUCACGACUAGCUCCACAGACGCUGAGCUGGAAGCCUUCAUCCGCUCCAAUGCUGCUCCAGAUGGCCAUAUCGUUGCGACAGCCAGUAUGUCACCGAAAGGAGCCACGCAUGGUGUCGUUGAUCCCGAUUUGAGAGUGAAGGGGAUCGUAAAUCUUCGUGUUGUCGACGGGUCUAUCUUGCCAUUUGUUCCGUCUGCAAAUACACAGUUCGCGGUAUAUAUCGUGGCCGAGAGAGCUGCCGAUUUAAUCAAAGCGGCACAUGAGUGAUGACGCCGUAGUGAAAAGGUGAAGAGGGAUCGGAAUAAGGGAAGGCGCCAGGGCUCCGCCUGCGGCGAGACUCCUUUAUCGAUACGAAUUUAAUCGUGUUCUGUCGCUUACUCCGAGAAUGGCAUUCCAAGUAAAAGAGGAUGGUAUAUGCAAGAGUCCCGUAAAUGUACAAGAUCGACUAUUGAUACAG